AUGGAACCAGACGGGGCCCCACAGCCACCAACCUUCUGGCAUCCACCACCCACAUACCACCGCCACCGCCGCCGUCCUCCGCCGUCUCCGCUCAUCAAUCCGGUGUCUCUGAUAUUAGCCGUGCCAAUUAUCUUUAUACUCGUCGUUUUUUUCCUAGUCCCUCCAUUUUUGCACUAUUCAAAUCAAAUCUUGAGGCCCAACUCCGUCAAGAGGAGUUGGGACUCUCUCAAUAUCUUGCUCGUCGUGUUCGCUAUUCUAUGCGGCGUUUUCGCCCGCCGGAAUGAAGAGGCUCCACCGCCGGACGCCGCCGCCGCGGCCUAUAGCCGGAAUACGGGCCGUGUUUCGAGUGUGUCCAGCACGAGGCCGAGGCAAUCUGUCCCGGCUUGGCUCGAGAUUCCAGAUCGGAGGGAAUAUGAUAGUACCUCCGGCGGGCUGAGGCGGAGCAGGAGUUCCUAUCCAGAUCUGCGGCAGGAGUCGCUGUGGGAGAGCCUGGGCGGAGGAAGCAGGUCUAGGUUUUUCGAUGAUUUCGAGGUGGGCUUUUCCCGUUCCACGCCGGUGAGGUCGCCGGUUUACUCGGAGGGCCGACGGGAGCGGCGGACGAGUUUCGAGAUGAAGGGAGAGGUCGAGGUGCCCGUCACAGAGAUCCUGGUGGAUAAAUUGGAUGUUCGCUCCGACCCGCCGCCGCCCAAAUCGCCGGCGCGUACCCCGUCGCCACCACCGCCGCUAUCUGCAGCUACUGUGAACCGGAGACGGUCUCUCCAAAGUGUUCCUCACAGCGAAAACGCUGAAAUCCGGCAACGAGGUGAGGCUGAAUUUUAUAUCAAUGAAAAUCGUCGGCCGAUGCCCCCUCCGGCUCCGCCUCCGCCGCUGGCCGCCACACCGGAACCUCGUAUGCCGGAGGCUGGGAACGAAUCGAGUCGCCGGAAAAAGAGCAGCGCCACGAAGGAGAUCGCAACAUCAAUAGCCUCGUUGUACAGAGCCGGUCAGAGGAAGAGAAAGAAGAGAUCUGGAAAGAGUCGAAAUAUCUAUGAAACUGCCCCUCAAAAUUCCUCGCGGCAGCCAAUAUCCACUCCGACGCCGCCGCCUCCGCCGCCCCCUCCGCCGCAGUCCAAAGUGAUGCAGAACCUCUUCAGAAAGACCAGCAAGAGCAAACGUGUCCACUCCGUCUCCUCCACCGCCCCUCCGCCGCCGCCGCCACCACCGCCUCCUCCGAGCUCGAUCUUGAACAACCUGUUCAGAACCGGCAGCAAGAGCAAGCGCUUCCAGCCGCCGCCCAUAUCUCCUGCCCCUCCGCCGCCGCCUCCUCCACCGCCUUCCUCCAUACUUAAUUCACUGUUCAUAAACGGCAGCAAGAGCCGUCGUUUCAACAAUAACUCCACCAACAGCCCCCCGCCGGCACCUCCCCCACCCCCAACCCCACCAGCGGCACCCUCACGCCGCCGCCAGCCCAGCGCCGGCAGGCCGCCGAAAUUCACAAGCACCGUCUACGUGGCCCCACCGUCGCCGCUGGUCCCGUUGCCGCAGCCUCCUCCUCCGCCGCCCUUCAAGAUGUCCAAGCCCACGUCCGUGGCCCAGGGGAAUUUUGUCCAGAUACACGGCGCCCAUAGCUCCCGAUGCAUCUCGCCGGAGCUGGAGGAUGCCGACGCUGACGUGGCGGCUAAAUCCGAGGGCGUGGAUCGAGUCGGGGCCCCGAUCACCUGCCCGAGCCCGGACGUGAACGCAAAGGCCGACACCUUCAUAGCCAGGCUCCGGGACGAGUGGAGACUGGAGAAGAUAAACUCCAUCAGGGAAAAGCGCGUUUCGGGCUGA